UCUUCUUCUUCUUUGCUCUCUCUGAAACACACUGAAAACGAAAACAAUGGCUUCUUCCAAUGAAAAAUCAGCAACAUUUUUGAAGAAUUACGGUUACGAUUUCUUAUUGGGAUCAAUUGCCACUUUCUAUAUACUCAUGGUGCCUUACACUAAGGUCGAAGAAAGUUUCAACGUUCAAGCAAUGCACGAUAUUCUUUAUCAUCAAUUUCAUUUAGAUAAUUAUGAUCAUCUAGAGUUCCCUGGUGUCGUUCCUCGCACUUUCAUUGGUGCUUUGCUUGUAUCACUUGUUGCAUCUCCGAUUGUAUUUAUUACAAGUUUGCUGCAUUUGCCGAAGUUUUAUGCUCUUCUCAUAGUUCGAAUGGCCCUUGGAUGCAUCGUACUGUAUACACUAAGAUUCUUUCGUCAUCAGAUAAGGAAUAAAUUUGGGCACCAAGUAGAAGCCUUCUUUGUGAUACUAACAUCCAUUCAGUUUCAUUUUCUGUUCUAUUGUUCUCGUCCGCUUCCCAACAUUCUUGCUUUGGGUAUAGUAAAUUUGGCAUUUGGAUACUGGUUCCAGGGGCGCUUUUAUGCAGCUCUAAACUCUUUGAUUUUUGCUACAACCGUGUUCAGAUGUGACAUGCUGUUACUUCUUGGUCCCCUUGGCCUACAACUUCUUCUGACAAAACAAAUUUCAGUAUGGGGUGCUCUAAAACACUGCAUUGUGAUGGCCUUCUUCUGCGUAGGUAUAACCAUAUUGGUUGACUCAAUUAUGUGGAAAAGGUUAUUGUGGCCUGAAUUUGAAGUCUUAUGGUUUAACUCUGUACUGAACAAGAGUUCUGAAUGGGGAACACAUGCUUUCCAUUGGUACUUCACUUCCGCGCUCCCUCGUUCACUGCUUGCUGCAUAUCCUCUUUCACUGUUUGGUUUCUUAGUAGACAGAAGAGUACGGUCUUUUACUUUCCCAGCUCUUGCCUUCAUUUUGCUUUAUUCUAAGCUUCCCCACAAGGAGCUUCGUUUUAUUCUAAGUUCAGUUCCAAUAUUCAACUUGUCUGCUUCGAUUGCAUGUAACAGAAUUUACAAUAAUAGGAAAAAGAUGAUCUGGAACUUGCUUUUCCUCGUUAUGUUGGGAUCACUUCUAAUGAGUCUUGGAGUAACCAUCACAACUUUUACGGCAUCAUAUUGGAACUAUCCUAGUGGUCAUGCCUUAAAAAAAUUGCAUAGGACUGGUUUCCAAAGUGAUACGAAUGAACAAUUGGUUCACAUCGAUACAUUUUCUGCCAUGAAUGGAAUAUCUCGCUUUUGUGAAAGUGAUUUUCCAUGGAGGUAUUCUAAAGAAGAAGAAAUUAAGUUGCAAGAAUUUCAGCAGAGAAAUUUUACUUUCCUAAUAAAUGAACAUCCUGUGAUCAAUGGAUUCAAGUGUCUAUUUACUGAAGAUGGUUUCUCAAGAAUGCGCAUUAACUAUGGCUUUCCACCAAUUUUACUGGUUAAAGAGCCUAAAGUGUAUGUCCAUGGAAAUUUAGAAAACAAUGCUGUUGUCAACAAAAUUUGGCCUGGCUGCCCAUAAUUUGGCUUGGAAUCCCAACGUGUGAUCGAACUUGUGUGGCAAAGUGGCAACCAGAGCAACUUCUAGUGCUUAUUAUUCUCUUAUUGAUGCACUACUCUUGGGGAGAAAAGCUAAUUUAAGAAUACUACUGAUUUACAACAUUUGAAAGCUAUAUUAUGAUUAACCAGAAGCUGAGGUAGUGUAGUGGAAUUAUUUAUUGUAACUAAUAUACGGGUUUAGCCUUAAAAUAUAGCUGGGGUUAAAUGAAGUUUUUCAAUUAUUAUGGAAUCACAUGAUUAACAAUAGAACGGAACAUCAAUUUCUUUUUACCAUUGUUUCAAAAAAAAAAUUGACUUAAUUGCCAUGUAAUUUAAUAAUAGACAAGAAUUUCAAUUU